CUAACUGUUUUGCAUAGUGAUUAAAGUAAGCACUUAGUAGGCAUUUCUUUCUUGAAGUCAGGACUAUCAAGCGCCUCUCUGUCUCCAAUACUCCCAGUUUUAAGCCAUGGCCUCUUCCGUCACUCUUCGUCAGGCUCUGUCCCCCUCUCCCUUCCUCACAGGAGCUCCCGCCUCCAGCCUCUCAUCCACCAGAGCGUCAGUGAGCAGUGGCGUCUCUCUCUGCUCCCUCCGGUCAACAUCCGCACAGUCUCAGUCUAGGUCGGUCGUAUGCUCUGCCACCGGCACGGAAACCACAGCAACUGCAGCAGCCUCCACUGAAAACUGGGUGCCGGUAAUCCCGAUGGAGGCCCUUCCCAAGGGCGAGAGGCGUCUGAUCAGGCAGGACGGCCAGGAGAUUCUCUUGUUCUGGUACAGGAACGAGAUUUUCGCUGUGGAGAACGUGUCGCCUGCUGAGGGAGCGUACUCGGAGGGGUUUCUGAACGCCAAGUUUACCCAGGACGGUUGCAUCAUCUGCCCCUCCACGGACACUACCUUCGACCUCAAAACAGGCGAGAUUAAGGAGUGGUACCCCAAGAACCCCAUCCUCCGCGCGCUGACCAAGCCGCUGCGGUCGCUCGAGGUGUUCCCCGUGAAGCUGGAGGACUAUCAGGUCUGCAUCAACAUGGGCGGUCGGACCUCCGGUGCCGCGGAGGUGGUGGUUGGAGAGGCGUCAAAAGUCGGCCAAACAGCAACGGACGUCAAUGUUAACGAGACGAAGAUGGUGGUGGAUGAGUCAGCAGGCGGAUUCGGAUUCUCACCACAGAAUGAGUUGCUGAACGGCCGCGCAGCCAUGGCGGGGUUUGUGGGUCUACUGGUGAUUGAGCUCGUCACGGGCAAGGGCUUGCUCAACGCCACUGGGUUCCUUGAUUUCCUCUACAGCUUGGGCCUCAAGGGUCCGUUGGUGUAGGGGGUUGAUAUUCCGAAUAAGUCUGAAAACGUCACUAGACGGGCGUAUUGUGCAUCCAAAGUUAAUUAGCAGCUACACAAUUUUGAGCAUGUGUAUAUUACCUUCCCUUUCAAAGAUGACCUGUCGGGUAGUAGAAAAUGCAUGCAUUCUCAAUUUUUAGGAGACAGCUGAGAAAGCUGGAUGGGUGGAGAAAUCUGUUAGGAAGAUGGAAGAAAUUAUAUUGCAUGGC